CCUUGUUCUUUCAGCUUCACACAUUGCAGGUUGAAAAGAGUAAAAGAGAAAGGGAAGUCUGGAGUAUGGAGGGAGUGUGGGUAUAUUUGAUUGCUCUCCUGGUGAUUCUUCUGAUCCAGUACUUUUGGAGACAACAACAAUCAUGCCGAAAUUAUCCUCCUGGGCCUCUUUCACUUCCUUUCAUUGGAGGCCUAUGGCGAAUCGGGUUUGGAUAUCGUGAAGAUACUCUGAUAAAGAUAGCAAAGCAAUAUGGAAACAUUUAUACAAUAUGGGUGGCAAAUUUUCCUGUUGUAGUACUAUCUGGAUUCCAUGUUGUGAAAGAAGGACUGGUCAACCACUUGGAAGAAUUAUCUGACAGGCCACUGACGCCUUUCUUUAGAGAUCUUGGAAGAACAAAAGGUGUUGUACUUUCCAACGGCCACUUGUGGAAGCAGCAGAGACGAUUUGGGCUCUUUACGAUGCGGAAACUGGGAUUGGGGAAAAAAGAUAUGGAGAGCCAAAUAGAAGCAGAAGCCCAGCAGCUUGUAGAGAUAAUUGCAAGUGAAAAAGGGCAACCAUUCGAUCCUUCAAUGGCCAUCACAAAUUCCGUUUCCAAUGUGAUAUGUGCCGUGACAUUUGGACAACGGUUUUCUCUUGAAGAUGAAAACUUCAAGAAAUUAAUUGAAGGCCUUGAUCUUGGUUUAAAAUUCAUAGGAAGCUUUUCUCACGCACUUUAUGAAGUAAUUCCAUGGCUCAUGAAGCAUCUUCCUGGACCUCACAAGCAGGCAUUAGGUACCUCGGAUAUGCUGUUUUCAUUAGCAAAGAAGAAAAUAGAGCAGCACAAGGAGGACAACUCCUACCAUGAGCCACAGGACUUCAUUGAUUUCUAUCUACUUCAGAUGGAGAAAAGCAAGAAUGAUCCUAAUACUACAUAUGAUGAAGAAAACUUGGCUCAGUGUAUUCAUGACUUCUUUAUUGCUGGAUCAGAAACAACUGCCACCACUCUGAAAUGGGCAAUCCUCCUUUUGACAAAUCAUCCAGAUAUCCAGGAUAAAGUCCACAAGGAGAUAGAAGAUGUUUUGGUUUCCUCCUCCAUCUGCUAUCAAGACCUUAAGAAACUGCCUUAUACAAAUGCUGUGUUUCAUGAGAUCCAGCGUUCAAAAUAUAUCUUGUUAGUUGGAUUUGCAAGACAAUCAACUAAAGACAUGAACUUGAGAGGCUUUUGCAUUCCCAAGGGGACCAUUGUUAUACCAGAUGUACGCUCUGUUCUUUUUGAUCCUGUGCAAUGGGAGACUCCUGAAGAGUUCAAUCCGAAUCAUUUUUUGGACAAGGAAGGGAAUUUUGUUGCUAGAGAAGAAUUUCUGCCAUUUGGUGCAGGGGCCCGGGUGUGUCUGGGAGAGCUACUGGCAAGAAUUGAGUACUUCCUCUUCUUGACCAACCUGUUGAGGGCCUUCCGCUUCCAGCUGCCAGAAGGAGUCAAAGAGCUCAACCAAACCCCUAUAAUAGGAAUAACAACACCACCCCAUCCAUAUAAAGUGUGUGCUGUUCCUCGCCAUAGCCCCUAAUAAAAGAAAAAAGAAAUAUAUAUAUGUUGCCAGUUA